AUGUCAGUCAAAUCAUGCUGCUGUCCAAUUGAGGGGUUCUUGGAAUACUAUCAAUUUCGCAACACACUUAUUCAGUUCAAAGAGGAAUCCUUACCAUUUCUGAACGAAGACGUUGCCGAGUGGCGACCGUUGGGAUACUUUCUGAGAAAGCUAUUUCUCCUUUCAAAGGAGGAACGAAAUGCUGCAUUGAACAGAUUUCGGCAAUACUUGGAGACCAAAGGAGCCCUUUUGAGUCAAACUACUGAUUUGCUGCCCUACUACGCUCUUCCAUACGUUCCAAAUCCAAGUGAACAUCCUAUAUAUCAAGGCUUGUUCAGAAAUCCCUGGCGAGCCUCAGUGCAGCUGAAGCUUACCUCACUUCUCGAUAACGUGCUUUUAGAAGGUAACAUUUCUCAGCCGCGACUAGUUCGUGUCCUGACAGAACACACUACUAAACGCGAUCGAACUCUGAGGCAGCUACAUGUACGUCUAGUUCCAGACUCCACAGUUAUUGAUUUUUAUACCUCUAGAGCUCAUCGGAGAUUCACUCGUCUCCAGGUUGACUAUCAAACACUAAUUAGUGUGACAGCCGAUCUUUUGGACGCUUUGGAGAACAGUCUCAAAGGAAACAAACUUGAAGAUGGUGUGAUGCAACGGAUUUACACGCGGCUAAUGAACAACCAACCAGCGGGUGGUAAAGUGUCCCAGGCAGGCACCGAUGGAGCAUCCAUUUCAUUUGGCUCCGCGAAAGACUUUUCAAGAUUUUCUGGCAGAUAUGAGAACUUUGGUAACUCCAUUUCUCUGGAACAGUCGCAAAUAUGGAAUGGUAAGAAUGAGGUGUCACUGGUUGAACUUGAUUACACAAAAAUCAAGAAGGACAUUGGACAGCUAGAAGAUCGCAAAAAGUGCUACUUAUUACAAGCGCUGCGUUGGAGGCUUACGAAAUCGUCAGUGCCACAACGCGAAUUAUGCUUGACCUCUUUUGUACGCCACGACUUGCUCGACCUCACGACUAUUGGACCCGUGGGUGACGUGACACCCGAUAAGGCUCCUCUACUUUGUUGCCUAUCCUCCCAACAUCACAGAGUGCGGGAAUAUAUGGCUCGUUUUGUGAAUGCGCUCUCUUCCUUGUGUAGAGGUCGAGCUUAUUUGUCGCAGAAUGCCGCAGUCGUUAAAGCCCUUAUUAACGAAGUGCUCAAGGAAAAAGAUGAGUCUAUAACCCGUGAAAAUCUGGUCGGGGCCCUGCAGAAAAUGAGCUUGAGACGCCCGAUGCAAACAGUCAUGAUCAAUUCUUCAAUUAUUCCUUGGGUUGUCACACUUUUGGAAAAUACGGAUAGUCUGUCAGACUACACACUGGAAUACGCAGUUGCUUUAUGCAUGAACCUCUGUUUACGAACAUCGGGAAAGCGCAACUGUCUUCUUAUCAGUUCACGGAUCCUAAAAGUUCUGGUUGAACUGCUCAAGAGUGACAACAUUGAUAUUGUGCCGUAUGUAAACGGAGCACUAUACUCUAUUCUACAACUGCCGGAGAUUCGCAGGGUAGCAGUUGGUAUGGAUUUACAACGCACGCUAGAAGGCCUAAUUAGAGCGGACCAGGCAGAGAUGAAUCGUCAGUUUGAAUUUAUCAUCCGCCGCUUACGUUCACACGAGACAUGCUCAACAGAAGAAUCAGAUGACGAAAUCGAUGACGAUGAUGAUGAGGAGGAUGCCACAGCACUUGAAUCGGACCUAGACAGACAGGAUAUGCCUCCUCCAGACCCAACCGACUUGAAAGCUCUAACAGGUGCAGAUGCAGUAUUGCGUGAUCCACGUGUGUGGGUUGGUGAAGGACUCCUCAAGUACAAGUAUGCUGUGCAGCCAGUGGUACGCGGCGAGGCUAAUGGUGGUGUAGACUGGUGUAAGCCCAUGCUAUCACGUGAUAGUGAGGCACGUAUGUCAACGACAAGCAUGAGGAGUCUCGGCGUACUGAACAGACCAACAACUCCUGGGCAACGCUCAUUCCGUGGUUCCGUAUCAGAAAGUCGACCGACUAGUGCAAUCAAGGCAGGACGUCCUGUAGAGCGACCUUCCCCAGUCUCUGAAGAAUCAAUGCAUCCACUUUAUCUGCGUGACAGCCUGGCGUCCCUGGGUCAAAGUUUUGCUGACGAGUCCAGUUCACUUUGUAUUCCUCGUUCAGACACAACUCCACGAGCAUCCAUCCAGCUAGACUCAAGUCCGCUCAAAGAAGCCAGUGUGGUUGAAUCUCACAAAGCGGAUCCAGUAAAACCAAAACCUGAAAAGCCAAGCGCCAAAGCAGAUCACAGAAGAUCCGCAUUUGAAAGCCGGCCAAAAAUUCCUCGCACUCCUGAUGCUGUUUCUCCCACAAGAGAUGAUAAGUUUAACUUCGAGCCGCCUCAUUCUCCCGAUUCCACGGUUACCAGCAGCUUGACUAAGCCGAACCCAUCGAAUGAAGCCACCCGAAACGGAGACCAUUCGAUGGUUAGCAAUCGUCCGCAGUCAAAUACCUCAAAACACAGUGCGGACAACGAG